AUGCUUCUUGAGAUAGAGUUGGAAAAUGUUCCUAAUCAAGAGAUGAGAGAGAUGCUGGUAGAUGAAUUAACCCAACAUGCCAAGGGUGUAUUCCAAUGGGCCUAUCUUAUAAUGCCCUUUGUCAAGCAAAAAGUUAUCGAAGGGGAGUCAAUUAGUGAAAUCUGUGAUUGGCUAGGCGAUGUCCUAGCCGAUCUAGAAAACGUCUAUGUAUAUAUUCUGAGCAAUGUGAUUGCGGCUAGCAAUCGAGACUAG